CUCUAUAUACCCCGCUCUUUCACCUGUGAGCACUCAUGGCCGACAACGAGGCACUCUAAAUUGGCUGAUAGAAGAAUUUGCCAUUUGCUAUUGAUAUAUUCAAGACCGUUUGAAUGGUUUGAUAAAAAUAAUAAUAAUUAAAAAAAAGCUUGUUGAUGGGCCGGGAGAGCCAGUUUGAUUUUUUGAAUCCCAAAGGUUAUUUACUUAAAUCACAUACAAAUGUAUUAACCAAAGUGGCAGUCACGUAGCAUUUUAAAUUGUCUAAACGCUUACAAAAUUGACUUCUUGAGGCGAUUGAAACGGAUUUGUCAGUCACGCACACACACACACAUACAAUGCAUCCAUCCAUUAAGGGAAAAAACAGCACUACUCUGGCUUUCAUCAUGCGUGCACUGCCGCAGGGUUCUACAACUCACCGGCUUGAUCUUUCAGGUCGGGGGGGGGGGAGAAAAAAAAAAAAAACCAAGCAUCCUUUCAUCAGCCGUUAUUUUUUCUCCCCCUGUUGCAUACACGAUGUCGCGCUUCCUCAAACAUGUGCAAAUGUGCAAACUGGCCCAACCCGCUGUUGCUAUGUGUGUUUGUGGCCAUUAAAGGUAAGUCAGAUGAGAAAUGUCUAUUUGUACAUUUGUAACAGUAAUGGCAGUGCAAUUAAUGCAAAUACGUGUGAAUGAAUUACCUUGACAAUUAAGCCAGCUCCAGUAUAUAGCGAAUGCUUCAAUUUCGUUAGCUUGUUAUAUCCUAAAAAAAUUCCAAAAUGCAGUGAAAUUAAUGCAAAGUGAAAAUUAAUGUACACCUCAAUAGUUCCCGUGUUCAACGUUAGUCAAGGACACAUUGAUGAUUCAUGAUACAUGUUUUACUUCGCAUGCGUGUGAGAAGUAUUGCCGAGUCAUCUAAAUUCCAAUCUAAAUGUCUUUUACGCAGCCAUCGAGCCGGCCCGCCCUCCUCCUGACCAACCAAGCAAGACCUGGGCUUGGAAGGAAAUCCUGAGAGAAUGUCCCAAAAAGGCAACAAAAACACAGCUCUUGUAUUUCCCGCUCAUCAAAGAAGACUUCCGAGGCGCCAUGUCCACUCCCGCUUCCCCUUCCCCGCUGACACUGGCCUCCCCGACAUCGGGCGCCUCGCCGCUGCCCUCGCCCCUCUCGCCCCCGCCCAGGGUGCCCGUGUUCCAGAGGAAGGGCGCCCUCAAGCACAAGAGGAUUGUGGAAGUGAAAGAUCACCAAUUCACGGCCCGCUUCUUCAAGCAGCCCACCUUCUGUAGCCACUGCACCGACUUCAUCUGGGGCAUCGGCAAACAGGGAUUCCAAUGUCAAGUUUGCAGCUUUGUGGUGCACAAAAGAUGUCACGAGUUUGUGACCUUCACCUGUCCCGGCUCAGUGACGGCCCCCAGACCAGAUGACCUGAGGAGUCGCCACACAUUCAAGAUCCACACGUACGCCAGCCCUACCUUCUGUGACCACUGUGGCUCGCUCCUCUACGGCCUCAUACAUCAGGGCAUGAAAUGUGCCUGUUGUGACAUGAACGUCCAUCGACGGUGUGAGACCAGCGUCCCCAGUCUUUGCGGCCAGGACCACACAGAGAAGCGGGGCCGAAUCCACUUGACGGUUCGAGGCGAGAAGGAAGAUGUCUUUGUCACAGUGCGGGAGGCUCGUAACUUGAUGCCCAUGGAUCCAAAUGGCCUGUCAGACCCGUACGUUAAACUCAAAUUGAUUCCCGACCCCAAGAGCCACAGCAAGCAGAAGACCAAGACCAUUCGCUCCACACUCAAUCCAGUCUGGAAUGAGAGUUUUACUUUUUCCGUGCGCGGCCACCAGUGGGACCGGCGUCUGUCAGUGGAGGUGUGGGACUGGGACCGCACGUCCCGCAACGAUUUCAUGGGCGCACUGUCCUUCGGGGUGAGCGAGAUAUUCCGGCGUCCCAUCAGUGGCUGGUUCAAGCUGCUGGACCAAGACGAGGGAGAGUAUUACAACAUCCCCGUGCCGGAUCCCGACCUGCAGGAGCCCCAGCCGGACGGGGUCGCCCCGUCGCUGCCUCAGGUGGGAGCGGCCGCCCCGUCUGAACCCGUGACCCUGCCCCUGACCCCCGUGCCCUCCUGUCCUCCCGCCCACUUUCACGGGCCGGGCAAGGGCAGAGUGGGCAUUCGCGACUUCAACUUCCUCAUGGUGCUGGGCAAAGGCAGUUUUGGCAAGGUGCUGCUGGCCGAAGAGCGAGGCAGCGAGCGUCUUUUUGCCGUCAAGGUCCUGAAGAAAGACGUCCUCUUCCAGGACGAGGACACGGAGAGCGCCCUGGUGGAACGGAGGGUCCUGGCACUCCAGACACGUCCUCACUUCCUCACCUCGCUCUACUGCGCCUUCCAGACUGAGGAUCGCCUGUACUACGUGAUGGAAUACGUCAACGGAGGAGACCUGAUGUUUCACAUUCAGAUCGUCGGGAAGUUCAAAGAGCCUCACGCCGCGUUUUACGCAGCAGAGAUUGCGGUGGGGCUCUUCUUCCUCCACAGCAAAGGGAUCAUCUACAGGGAUCUCAAGCUGGACAAUGUGCUGCUGGACAGCCAGGGCCACAUUAAGAUUGCCGACUUUGGGAUGUGCAGGGAGGGCAUGUUUGAGGGGGACACCACGCACACCUUCUGUGGCACCCCGGACUACAUCGCCCCUGAGAUUGUGGCGUAUCAGCCCUACAACAAAGCCGUUGACUGGUGGUCUUACGGAGUGUUGCUCUAUGAAAUGUUGGCAGGACAGCCACCUUUUGACGGCAUCGAUGAGGAGGAGCUUUUCCAGUCCAUCAUGGAACAGUGCGUCUCCUACCCCAAGAGUCUCUCGCGAGAAGCUGUCGCCAUCUGCAAGGGACUGCUCACAAAGCACCCCGCCAAGCGCUUGGGCGGCGGGGAGGAUGCCGAACGCGAGAUCAGGGAACACCCCUUCUUCCGCUGGAUGGACUGGGACCGUCUGGAGAGGCUGGAGAUCCCGCCUCCCUUCAUCCCCAGAUCAGGCGGCAAAAAAGGGGAAAACUUCGACAAGUUCUUCACGGCAGCCCCGUCGGUGCUUACUCCCUCGGACCCAGACGUGCUGGCGGCCGUCAACCAGGAAGACUUUGAGGGGUUCUCCUUCCUCAACCCCGAGUUUGCGCCCUCUCCCCUCACCGCGGUAUAAAAACAACCGAAACGACAAUAGUCUCAUUUUUCCAACGCUGCCUUUCGCGUGUCCAUUCUAGAGCAGGGCGUGUCUUCUUUUAUUUAUUUAUUUAUUUAUUUAUUUUUUUAGAAAUAAUAGCAGUAUGAUGUCAUCAUUUUGCAUGCAAACUAUCUAGACUAUAUAUUUUCUUUUACUCUAUUCUCAUAGAGGUUCCCAUAAAUAUUUUGCGCUGUGAUGUGGACAGCAGAUUAAUUGUGAUAAAAAUCCACAAAUUAGAGAAUCGGUUAGCGCGGGUUUUUUUUUCCAUAUCGGUGGCAUCAGACGAGAACAGAAAUGGUGUUUGUAUUUGAUUUUUAUUUUGUGGUAAUUUUAUUAGAUUUUUGUUUUUUGUGAUUUUUUAUUGUAUUUAUUUGUUAAGUAUUUGUAUUUAUUUUAUUUAUUUUUUGUUGAUUUUAUAUACUUUAUUUUUACAUUGUAUGUAUUUUUCUUAUUAUUUAAUUUGACUUUUUAGUUUUGGUUUCGGAAUGUACAGGAUGUAAUUUGAUGUAUUUAAUUGUAGACAGACAUUCGGUUGAAGUCGUUGUCCUCCAAAAUUGUCACACACACACGCACACACAGACAGGAUGACCCCACAUGACCCGCUUAGAAGCCACGCUGACAUUGGCUUUGAGCUUCAAAAGCUGUCUUUGUCAUUGUCACCCUUAACCGCCUCAAAUCAGACCCACUUAUCUGAACUCCUGUCAUUAUUUUUACCUAUCGCCGUAUAAGGCCCAAAUUUAUUCUUGGGGCUAUGUAUGCUCGUGCAGUUUUCCAGCGCGGGAUGACGUCCCAGCAUCCUCAUCGAUUAGAUGUAAUUAAAACGGAAGCGGUUCAAUAUGGUGAGCAAAUAAUAGCGUCAACUGUCAUCGGGCGCUAUCUGAGCCUGGCCAGGUGGCUGGAUGGAAAGUUGCUUGUGCAUUUAUUUGAUAUCCUUCAUAGCCAACUCAAGGUGCUCAUUUGUUCUUUGUAAGAAAAUUCAGCGCGCUAGCAAAUUUACCUCACAGGUAAUGUUUAUUUUGUUUUCGUCGUCCUUAUCUGGCACAUCUCGCUCCUUUCAGAUUAUUUCCCAGCGAGCCGAGUUUAAAUGACCCCAUAAUUUAGAUCUGAUCUUUUUUUUGUUUUUUAAGAUAGCGCAAACAAUUCCAAAGGUUUAGCUUGUGACUGUGUGUAUAUAGUCCAUGUGUUGAUUGUGAUGGGGGGAGUGCAAAUGGAACAAUAAAGAAGAAUAAAGAGCAGCGGUGAAGCUGCGGAGAAACAAAA